AUGAACGAAACAGGAUGGUACAACAGCACGCCGACUACCUCCUCUUUGACUACUAUGUCACUAACCGAGACGACGUCGUCUUUAUCGUUAUUGACGACGCUGUCGCCGUCCCCGAUCCCUUCGUACCAGUUCCCAUACAAGCCAUGGGAAAUGAUACUGAUUGCUCUGGUGGCCGGCUCGUUGUCCGUCAUCACAGUCCUCGGCAACGUGAUGGUGAUCCUGUCGUUCAAGAUUGACAAGACGCUGCAGACCAUCUCCAACUACUACUUGUUCAGCUUGGCAGUGGCCGACUUUGUGAUUGGUCUCGUGUCCAUGCCUUUGUUCACGAUGUACUUGUUGCUGGACAGGUGGCCCCUGGGGCCAGUGGUGUGCGACACGUGGCUGGCCCUGGACUACCUCGCGUCCAACGCGUCCGUGCUCAACCUGCUCAUCAUCAGUUUCGACAGAUACUUUAGGUGUGUGUGUGUUUUUGUGACGAGGCCGUUAACGUACCGGGCGAGAAGAACUCGAAAGAAGGCAGCACUGAUGAUAGCUUCGGCUUGGCUGAUUUCCCUGGCCCUGUGGCCGCCGUGGAUCUACGCCUGGCCCUACAUCGAAGGCGAGCGGAAGGUGCCCGAGGACAAGUGUUUCAUCCAGUUCCUGGAGACCAACACGUCCGUCACUCUGGUCACUGCGGUGGCCGCCUUCUAUUUGCCCGUCUCCGUCAUGAUUGGUCUCUACUACAGGAUUUGGAGGGAGACGGAGCAGCGGAAGAAGGACUUGUCGUAUUUGCAGGCGGACAACCAGCAGUCGCGGAACACGAGCAAGCGUUCCAACUCGUCGGACGAGCAGCAAGUGGUGAACCUGGAUGCUCAAAACCCGCGUGCCAACUCGGACGACGACACGGAGAUCCACCGACUCACUGGCGGCGGCGGUGCUCGUGGCGGCCCUGCCCUCAUCUCGGACGCCGCCAAUCGCUCGCGUCGCCGCACCGGCAGCACCACUGGCUCUAGUCGCCACCGCAUUUCGAGGUGGGAAUGGAUGUCGGAGAUGUUCAGCCGACAGAUGUCAUCCUCUUCGAGCAGCACCGGGAAGCCAAAGUGGCAUCAUCGCAGCACGGGCAACUUGUGCAGCCAGGGCAAGAAACACAGGUUCUCGGUUCCAUCCCUGGACGAGUUUGCGACGUGUGCAGACUUGGCCAGUCGCAUGGCCACCUACUAUCCACCGCCGUGCAUCCCACCGCGUCCUUCCCGCACGUCUCGUCUCCCGCGGGGGUCGAGAAGUCAUCAUUCGAAACCUAGUGCAGAAGAUGGGGGUUCGGGAAGGUUUCCGGCUUCGACGUCUCGUCACCGACUCCCGGCUCGUCGUUGUUUGUCGUCGGACUCGGUUUACACGAUUCUCAUUCAGUUGCCUGCCGAGCCUCCGAGUGUUGCUUCCAACGUUGCUGCUGCUGCUAAAGCAACAUCAUCAUCUUCAACAUCCAACAAGCUGCGUGACCAGAAAGAAGAGCCAGUGGUGUGCAAUCCCGCUGGUGCUGUCAUCGUGAUCGAUGAUGCCGCCAAAGUCAAGAUACCGAGACGACGAGACGGAUUCCAGCGCCAGCCGUCCAUCCGCAUGAUCUGCGAGGAGGAAGCGGACAUCCGGGUCACGCCCAACAGCACAACGACGACGGCGCAAACGUCGCAGGACUCGAGCGGACGUGACGGUGCGGGUUCCCCGUCGCUGACGUCGUCUCGCCGGUCGUCCAUGUUCCCGGUGUCGGGCUCGUCGUCGACGCGGAACCUCAUGUUGUUCUGCUACAUCAACAGCACCGUGAACCCCAUGUGCUACGCCCUGUGCAACGCGGCAUUCCGACGCACCUACGUCCGCAUCCUGUCGUGCAAGUGGAGUCUGAAGCGGACGAGGAGAGAGGCGGCGGCAGGGAUCGUGCAAGCCGCCGCCGCUGCCGCCACGGCGCCGCAAUCCACCUCCAAUAAUGCCAAUCGUCAACUGCACCAAUAG